AUGGAACCCAUCGCUCUGUUGAUCUUCGCAACAUGCUUCUUCUUCAUCCAAAAGUUGCUAGGCUUGAUCACCGAAUUCAUAGUCCAACUGCUGGUGCGCUACUCCAACGAGUUCCACAAGGUGAAGUUGCUAAAGCAGGACAGAUACGAUACAAACAUAGCCAAGAACAAACUGUCACCACAGGACCAGUACGCCAAAUGGACCAAGCUGAACAGAAAAGUUGAUCAGCUGAACAGCGAGAUCGACACCGCGGAGAAGGCACUGCAGGCCAAGAAGGACCAGCUCAGCUCCUCGACCACCUUGCUCAAGAGGCUGAUCACGCUUCUGGGAUUCUUCAUAAAGAUCUGGUACAGAAAGACCAAAGUGUUCUACAUGCCGAAUGUGCUACCAAUUCCAAUCGUGCAGUGGGUAUGGCAGUCCGGUGUAGGAGUUUCAUCGUGGCUGUUCCUCCUGGGCACCUUUGUCUCCGGCGUCGAGUUCAUCUACAAGGAGUUGGCCGUAUAA